GACAACACCUCACUGGCUCACACCAGUUCCCCGUUGGAUACAAAUACGUCGUGGAUUACAGUUCAGUGAAAGAGGACGCAACUGAUAUCCAUCUCCGAGUGUGAUCUAGACAGGCGAAUCAGAAACAAACAAAAAGUCCGAGGGGGGGAAGCUGACGUCACCAGGAAACUAGAACAAAUAUAAAGGUGAGGAGCAGAGAGAAGGCAAAUCAGGGAAGAAAGGAACUAACCAGGUUAUCUGUCAGGAUCUCCAUUCAACAAAUUAUUCAACUCAUCACCUCUAGUCUAAACAUGGCCGGUGCUUUGCAAUAUGUUUGUCUGCUCCUGACUUUUGCCGUUCCGAUACACGAGUGUGUGGCGGUGCGUCAGGAUCCCAAGUGUGUCACAGGGGAACCUUGUUUUGAUCUGGGCACAGUGGAGAUGAUGGCUAGACGGGUCAGCAAGGAUCUGAUAGAUGCAGAUGGUGAGAACAUCCUUAUAAAACACAACUCCUUCGACAAAAUUCGGAAAAAGAAAGAUCUUCACAGCUGCGUCCUUCAGAAAAUCCUUUAUCUCUUCGAACAUGUUCUCAUAAGGACGGAGGGAAAGUCAUCUACCCCUAACGAAGGAGAUCUGGACCACCAUUUGGAGCUCAUACAUAUUAUGGAUCGGCUCAGGAACUGUGUUUAUAAGGUAAAAAACGGAUGCAAAAAACUUUAUGAGAAAGCCUACAAUCAAUCUGACAUCACACCACUCCCAAAGAAAUCGGAGGCAACUGAGGCAGCUAUUGAACAGCUACAAAAACUAAAGUAUGCGAGUGAAAGGCUUGAUGAUGUAAAAAUCCAGGAGAGGGUCAUGGAUGAGCUGAAAUCCCUCCAUCUCUACAUGCCAGGAAAAGGCUUCCGGAAAAAGCUGAAUGACUAACAGGCCUGUGACAUUCUGUGGAUGUAGUUUUAAAACGUGUUGUCUUCUUGUCAUAUCUGGCUGAUGGAAGACAAUGGUUAAGCAGGGAUGAACUUGUCCAGCCAAAGUGACAGAAUUCCAGGCUGGAAAUAAUGAGAUAACAGGUUUAUGAUGAGGCUUUGUAGUGCAAUUAUCCUUAACUGUGUUUUUUUUUUUUUUUAAGUAAAGAGUAUUUAAACAGGGUAAAAGCAACAUGCAUAACGCUACGUACUUUCGGUGAAAGAUUAUGAAUGUACUGCAGUAAACGCAGGUGAUAAAAACUAAUAUAAAAAAGCUUCCUUUGACUCCUCAGUAAAACCCUUUAUUAACUACUGUUUCCAUUGCUUUCUUUCUAUGCAAGCAUGCGCGUACGAUAAGUUAGUCUACUGUAUAUAUACGCUUACUAAAGAAUAUUUAUUGGGAAGGCCAAGAGAGUAGGAUGACACAAGAGAGGAUGAAGUCCCCAAAUGACUGUGUACUGUGUAAAUUCAACAUACAUCAUAUCAAGAGCACAAAUGCUAACGCUAAAUGUAACAGAACUGCUGUUUGUCCUUCAUGUGCAUUUGCCACUCAUUCACCUGCCCUAACCGCAUAAAUUAGAUGCAAAAAUGCACAAUGAUUUCAUCAGGUUAGACUUGCAUGUGAAUUGUUCAUGAUAUAGCACUGGCCCCGAGAACCUUAUUGUUUUUUAAAAAAACGGUUACCACACAAUACAAGUAUAAAAGCCAAAAAAUAUGCAAAAAAAUGCAACUUUCAUGAAGUAAAGUCACCUAAAGCCUUCCUUCCGCUAGAAAAAAUAAGCUGCGUCCGAAACGCAUUCUGUGACAGUACGUACUGAAUCUGAAAAAGGACCUACCUAUCGACCAUUAAAACAGUACAUUCUAUUAGUGCAUGAGUACAUAGCACAUAUUGGACAUACUGCAUCCGCCGUGUUUAUUGUCAUGUGGCCCGUAUGCUCUUUGAUUUUGGAUGCAGGAUAGUCCCUGACAGACUACAAACAGCAACAGAAUGUUUUGUUUACGCUGCUAAGGGGGGUUGCUUAGGGUGCAUAGUGAUAGAAAGUCCGUUUACGAAAAUCGUGCCACUCGGCCGCCAUGUUUGCAACACUAUGUUUGGGCAGCUAUUUACGUCAUAGCAAGAACGCCUCCGGGCAGCUAUUUCAAUAUAGCAUAAAUAACAGGCAGAUAUUUCUAAAAUCGCAGCAAAAAUCUGAGCAUAUUUCCGAUCAAAACUUAAAGCUGACAUUAACUAUACUGUGCUUUUGACAUUAACUAUACUAUACUAAGUUUUGUUUGCUAAGCUUAAAUUGCGCUAAAAUCACCUUUUUCGAGCAACCAUACUGAGCGUUGCAUUCCUUCCCAUUCAUUGUUAUGAUCAUUGCGUCUUGUUAAUAUAUUAUCUUUUAUACCCAUUUCAAAUGUUAAAAUAUAUAUUUUUUAAGAUUGAAUUAUACAUGUUAGA